AUGGAUCUCACGGAGUUGGGAGACAUGGGCAGUGGCUGUGAAGAUGAAAACUGUGGCCUUGGAUUCCUGGAGGACUGCUCGAACCAAGAGUGCCAGUGGGAGGAACCUAUGUUUGGAUUGAUUGAGUUAGUGUGUGUGACUGUCAUUUACAUUCCACUGAUGCUCUUCGGCCUUCUGGGAAAUAUACUAACAAUUCUGGUGGUUUGGCUCCGACCUCACAUGAGAAGUUCAACCUACCUCUACCUGAGCAGCAUGGCUGUCAGCGAUCUGUUGAUACUCCUACUGCUGCCUCUGGAUCUGUAUAAGCUGUGGAGGCCCAGACCCUGGCCCUUAGGAGACCUUGCCUGUAAGCUGACAAUGUUCCUCUCAGAGUGCUGCACCUUCUGCACCAUCCUCCAUAUCACCUUCCUCUCCCUGGAGAGGUACCUGGCCGUCUGCUGGCCAAUCACGGCCAAGACCCUGGUGACACGGCGCAGAACGAGGGCUCUCAUUGGCUGCCUCUGGCUGGGCGCGGCCGUCAGCGCAGCACCAGUGUUGCUCAUGGUCGGAGUGGAGGACGUUGGGGGAGAGGAGCUGGGGCUCGGCGGAUGGAGGGAGGACGGAGGGUGGACAGGCGGGGAAGGAGAACAGGGAGGACUGUUGGGAGAAAAAGAGAAAAAGGGGUGGGAUGAAAGGGUUGGGGAGUUAAAAUGGUUUGGAGAGAAAGGAGAGAGAGAAGUGGGAGUGGAAGAAGGAGAUGAGGGGAAACAAGGAGAUGGAGGGAAAAUGAAACAAGCAGAUGAGGGAGGAGGUGAAAAGGAAGGAGGGAUGGAAGUUGGGGGAGAGCGGCAAAAUAAAAUGAAAGAAGAUGAGGGAGGAGGAAGGGAGGAAGGCAUUGAUGGAGGAGAGAUUGACAAGAGAGAGUGCCGCUGCACACACUACGCCGUCUCCUCCGGCCUGCUGUCGGCCAUGAUGAUACUCUCCAACUUGUACUUCCUGGUACCCCUCUGCAUCCUGGGACUGGUCUACAGCCUGAUUGGACGGACACUGUGUCUCCGUCCAAAAAGCAGCCGCAGAGACCAGAGUCACCGACACACUGUCAAAAUGCUGGGAGUGAUUGUCUUGGCUUUUAUUCUGUGCUGGCUGCCCUUCCAUGUGGGUCGGACUAUUUUCUCUCUUUCUCUGGGCUCCGGUUCUGACAUUUUAUACUAUCUGUCUCAGUAUUUCAACCUGGUGUCCUCUGUCCUCUUCUACCUCAGCGCUGCCAUCAAUCCUUUACUGUACAACCUGAUGUCUGCCAGGUAUAGACACGCUGUACACAGCCUCAUGCACACACACUCUCAUACACAGUCUCUCCGCAUGCGCACACUCACGACACGACCCUCCACAACCACUAUAUAA